AUGAUUAAUACAAUUGAAGAUACAACGCGUUCAAAUCCAGAACGAUUAAAAUAUAAAAUCUUUAAUUUUAUCAAACCAAGUGGGAAAAUGUUUACUCUAGAUGUUAAUGAGCGAAAACAGAAGUUUUCAGUACCAGAUUUAAUACAAGUAGCUGAAUUAGAUAUGAGAGUUAAAAAAAAUAUAGAGCAAAUUACCUAUACAUACGAAGAGUUCUAUACAAGCUAUUUUCGUUCAUUCUCAAUUGAUCUUGAUGUAACAAUUCCUAUUCCAAUCGCGCAACCUGGUAUGCCUUUGCUUCCACUGAUAACACCAUCAUUCGGUUACCAUAACACAUUGAAAACUGCUUAUGACUUCAUAACGAAAACGUCGGCAGCAGUAGGCAUAGCUACAGACUGGUGGGGAAUGUAUACAAUACAUUUGGGACCAACAUUUUUGCUGACGAAGAAAGGUAAUGGACAAACAAGUGGAAGCAUAACCGAAAUUAAUGUUAAUCUUGGGCUUUUUGAUGAUAUUGCUGGUCUGCAUGGUACAUUCAGUUGGGGUUCGAGUGACACUCGAUUAAGUAAAGAUUUCAAAAAAAAUUCAGCCUUUGAAUGGAAAUUUUUACCGUCUGUGAAUGUCACCUCUGACAUUGAUGAAAACAUAAUGAAAGCAUGGUUAGAGCGUGCAUCAAAAAAACCUACUGUAAUUAAUCGUACGUUAUCAUCCAUUGUGAAUCUAUUAAGUGAUUAUCCAUCUCCGAUUCGUCGUCAUUUACAGUCAACAAUUGACUUUUAUCUAAAGCAUGCUCAUCUGCCAAAACUUGAAGAGCUGAAACAGAACACAAAUAUAACUCGCUCGAAACGUGCAUCGGCUGCUACUAGUAAAAGUAUACCAGCUGCAUUUAACCGUGCAAAAGAACUAGUUAGUUAUUUGCAUAUACUACCUUCAUUAAAGGAAUGCAAUGCUUGUGAACUUAAUGGAUUAAGUAAAAAUAUAUCUGAUAGUAUUAGAUUCAACAUUAAUUCGGAUAAUUAUUUAGCAGCGGAUUCAGAUUCUGAAUCUGAUUAUGACGAUGAAGCAAUGGAAAGUAAUGAAUUUGAUAGUGAUCUAAUCAAUGUGGAUGAAAAAGAUAAAGAUGCGACAAUGACACAAAACUUUGAUGAAAUUAAAACUGAGAAAAUAAAUUUUACUGGUAUGCGUAUAUUCGAUUCGAUUAAUCCAGCAAUGAAAAACUCCUAUUUUCAAGUGCAAAUAAAUAACAAGACUAAAUUUAUACACAAACAAACGGCUUGUUGGUUACUGACCGACAAAGUUAGCCGUUUAUCGGCUGAUAGAUUAUCACGAGUGAUAGAAACAAACAAAAAGGAUUGA